AUGAAGACGCUGACCUUAUUCUGCGUCGUGCUGGCGGUGUUUGCUUGCCACACGUUCGCACAGUCCAACGCCAGAAAUGACUCAGAAUAUUGUCCCCCAGAUGGAGGAAAUGGUUCCAAUAGCGGACCGGACCUCAACGCUGACAAGGAUGGGCAGGACGAUGGCCUUUGCGCUUCCUUCCAGGAUGUGCUCGGCCUGAUCGACCACGAGGCUCUAGUGGCCCUGAUCGAUACGCACUCUCAGUGCGACGCCAAGUUCCGUAAGGCCAUACGCUUCUUCAACACCCCCGGGUUCGAGGAGGUGGCCCUGCUGCUGCAGGAGAGCGAGGCCUAUCGAACGGCACUAGAGGAGCUGCAGAUUGCCGGCGUAGACACCACAGACAUAUCGAGCUUAUCCUGGACAUCUUUGCAGCUGCGACUGCAGUAA